AUUCUGUAGUGGCAUUUUAGCUCUUUGUGGUGUUUGCAGCAGUUCUGUUAUCAUUUAUAACUUCCAGUUGUGGACCUUUGUGCUAAUACAAUGAAGGAACGGAGGAAUCCCCAACCCGCUGUGGUCAGAUGCAAACUGGUUUUAGUUGGAGAUGUGCACUGUGGGAAAACCGCAAUGCUGCAAGUACUGGCAAAGGACUGCUACCCCGAGACAUAUGUACCUACAGUAUUUGAAAACUACACAGCCAGCAUGGAGACCGAGGAACAGCGCGUAGAACUCAGCCUAUGGGAUACAUCAGGAUCGCCAUAUUACGAUAAUGUGCGUCCCCUUUGCUACAGUGACUCUGAUGCAGUGUUGCUUUGCUUUGACGUCAGUCGACCAGAGAGCUUGGAUAGUGCCCUGAAAAAGUGGAAGACAGAAGUCCUAGACUAUUGCCCUAGCACAAGGAUACUUCUGAUUGGCUGCAAGACAGAUCUACGUACUGACCUUAGCACAAUUAUGGAGCUUUCAAACCAGAAACAGGCACCACUAUCUUAUGAACAGGGUUGUGCUGCAGCAAAACAACUAGGGGCAGAAAGCUACCUGGAGUGUUCAGCUUUCACAUCUGAAAAAAGCGUACACAGCAUAUUCCGAUCUGCAGCCUCAGUUUGUCUGACAAAACCUUCACCUCCAGGUAGGAGGAGCCCAGCUCGGAGCCUGUCCAAGAGACUGCUAAAUCUACCCAGUCGUUCUGAGCUAAUUUCUUCCACCUUCAAAAAAGAAAAGGCCAAAAGUUGCUGUCUGAUGUAGGGUUAUUGUGCCAACACAUCACAUGGACACUUAUUUAAGACUAUGGACAUUCCCCUACAUUCUAAAUCACCACUGGAAGAGCAGACUGGGCCCCCGGGGGUGAAGGUUCUGGGGAAGUAGUAGGUCCAGCGCCCCCUUCCGGAUGGAGCUGUUGCUAAAGCUUGCACAGAAGGGCUGAAGACUUAUUGAUUUGCACAAAGACUAACUUGCACAUGGAGGGAGUAUAUACCGGGAACGUGGAGGCAAAACUACUAAUUUUUGUGACCACAAGAAGAAAAAAAAACAAAGCUGCUCUUUAAUAGGAGUAUUAAUCUUUUACCAUACCAUGGCUGAUUCCCUGAACUUGCCAGAAACUACAGUAUUAAUAACCCUUGGUACUUAUGCCUGUAUGGUACUGUAUAGGUAGCAGAUUCUGGUGAAAGCACAGGAGUGACUGUCUUCCCAGUGUCACAAGGACUUUAAAUUUAUUUUUUAAUCCACUGUAAAUCUGUAUGUGCUUGAUCUGUGAUACUGAAUUUAUUUAUUUGAAGAUAUAUGGGAGAAACUAUUUCAAAGAGCCUAUUUGGGGAACUAGGAUAUUAAUAAACCUUGUUUUGCACAUGACAGACA